GUUGCUGCGAUGUCACACAAUUUGCACGCAAGGCUGCUGUUGGAACGCGUGGUUGUGAUUUUAGGACAGCGGAGACCGUGCAGUGUCAAAGGUUUCCGCGAAUGUGUGCAUAGUCUCCCCGUAAACACAGCGUUAGCUUUAUCAAGUUAGGACACACAUAAACUUUACGCUCGGUAGCUGUUUUAACGUGGCAUGUUCAUCCCUAUAGAGGAAUAAGGGCCCUGUGGGACACAGGAUCCAGUGUCGAAGUGACAACAGACCUGCCUGUUCAUCUACGUUAAAAAAGACUGCAACGUCACAUUAUUUGAAGAAUCUUAUAUCGAUACGUGAUAUUCUAUUCCGUAAUUAAAUGCUUACAGGAGGCAGCCAGCAUGUCAGCCAAUUGGACGCAUGCAAUUCUUUUGCAGCUCAAGGCGAUGCAUUAAUGACAGUUACACAGUAAAAGCUUUGUCCUCUGGUGCAGUGAUUGGCUCGUUCCAUACAAAUCAUUGGAUGAAACUCGUUUAGAAUCAAAGCUUUCGGAGAAACGCCGUUCUAUUGGCCGGCGGAAGGUUCUCUCCUAGCAACGGCUUGGGCAACGUUCCAAUUAGAAUCGCUUAUGCGCCGUUUGUUGAACUUAAAAUUCUGUGGUGGGGGCGGGAACCUAAAAUGAUUGACGCCUUAGCAGAGCCUUUCAACCAAUAGGAUUCUGCGAAAGGCACCCAAUUGCGCAGUGUUAGAAGUCAGCACCGUUCGGGUAUCCGUCGCAAAGCGAGCGAGGAUUUCCAGGGGACGAGAUUUAAAAGCUGGGGUUUGGAAGUGAGCAUUAACCUCUGAACGACUAAAACAAAGCUUCUUAUAGUCCCUACUCGGCAUGUCUAAAGAAAACAGUGAUCCUUUUAACAGCAUCGAAAUCAUCAAAGAUCAGUUAUAUUUCGCCAUCCUUAAUCAGAAGAUCCGCUGCACUCCUGACAGACACUGUUUCUGCAUUGAUGAGGAACUCUCGUAUGAGAACUUUUAUGCGGACUUUGGUCCACUCAACUUGGCCAUGUUUUACCGCUUCUGUUGCAAACUCACCAAGAAGCUGAAGUCUUUCGCGCAUACCAAGAAGAAAGUUGUAUUCUACACCUUUGGUGACAAAAGGAAACAAGCAAAUGCUGCCUAUUUGAUCGGAUCCUACACUGUGAUGAAUCUUCAGAAAACACCUGAGGAGGCUCACAGCCUUCUGGUGUCCAGAAACACCACUUAUCUUCCUUUUCGGGACGCCUCGUUUGGAACUUGCAUGUUCAAUCUGAGCAUCCUUGAUUGUUUACGUGCUGUGCACAAGGCUUUGCGGUAUGGUUGGCUUGAUUUCUCCAACUUUGACGUGGAGGAAUAUGAGCAUUAUGAGAGAGCGGAGAACGGAGAUUUAAACUGGAUUAUUCCCGGGAAAUUUUUGGCUUUCAGCGGUCCGCAUCCAAAGAGCAAAAUUGAGAACGGUUAUCCGCUCCAUGCGCCCGAGGCCUAUGUCCCGUACUUCAGGAAGUACAACAUCACCACUGUCAUACGCCUCAACAAAAAAAUGUACGAUGCUAGACGCUUCGUGGAUAUGGGUUUUGACCACCACGACCUGUUCUUCGUUGAUGGAAGCACGCCUAACGAUGCGAUCGUCACCAAGUUCAUGAAUAUCUGUGAGAAUGCGGAUGGUGCUAUAGCUGUCCACUGCAAAGCUGGACUGGGCCGCACGGGCACACUGAUAGCCUGCUACAUGAUGAAGCAUUUCAGACUGUCUGCGGCUGAGACGAUCGCCUGGAUCAGGAUCUGCAGACCCGGCUCGGUGAUCGGACCACAGCAGAACUUUAUUGAGGACAAGCAGGCCAGUCUGUGGGCAGAGGGUGACCUGCACCAGCAGAAACUCAGCAAGCAGGAAAAUGGCUCGUGCAAGGCAGCCGUCACGGGAAUACUGUCGGGAGUGGACGACAUCUCCAUCCAUGGUCCAAACAAGAACAUUGCACCGCGGAAAACCGAAAUGUACAACGAUGAAGAGGAGGAACGCAAUGGCCUCACGCAAGGUGACAAACUGAGAGUGCUGAAGAGUAAAAGACAGUCUAGAGCAUCCACAGGCUCCUUAUCGUUGGAGGAGAAUAAAAUUCACACCAGGUCAACAUCUCACUCACUGAGAAUCAUUCUGCAAUCAAGUGCGCAAGGCUGUAAACCCGUAAAAUCUUCAAAUCCUUCCGACAAUGCGGAUGCUAGGAAACGAACAAGAACCUCCCUUGCAUCAAAAAGAUCUAGCAGACUGGCAAGGUCUUUGGGCAACUUGCAUGUAAUGGCCAGUGAAGAGAACCGCAAGUUCUCUGAAGUUAAUCCAAGCCCUAUGGCAACAGAAAACACGGGCAAGCAGUCAAGCUUAAAGCACACAAGCCCAGUCAGCAAUGAGCAGCUCAGUUCUACCGUUUCUUCCCCAAUCCAGCACUAUGGCCACAGUCUGAGCCGCCUCGACUUAAAGAGCAGUCUCCAGAAGAAGGAAGACUCUACACUCUUUGCAAUCAGUGCGCUUUACAAGACUCUGUCAUUCCAUUCCUAAAGCUAGAACACCUCUCCUCCGCUAAAGUGUUUUCCCCCAAGACCCAAGUGAGAGUAACUUCAAGUCUACAGCUUGUUUGUUUGUUUGUUUGUUUUUCUAAGUUGCCAACAAUCUACAACGGACAGUUUCUUUUUAAAACAUAGGUGUUUAUGAACUUGCAAGCUUCAACUGUAAAUUUAAAGACGAUUCAUUUUAAGACCGGGAUCUUGUGAAUGCCAAUGUAAACAUCUGUGAUCUUUUUUAUUUCAAUAUUAGUAUCAUGAGUCAAGAAACUUAUAGACGGUAGCAUACUUGCUAGCAUACAAUACUUGUUAAAAUAACCUAUCUUGUCCAUAAUAUGCCACUCUGUGACUAACUAAAAUCUGUAAUUUAAUGUGAAAGUUUUUAUGUUUAACUAUGUUUGGCAGCUGUUAGCUGUAUAUAAGCAAUUAUUUGAUAAUCUAAAGGACAUUAUGUACAUUUUUGCCUGUAAAUAGUUUAUAACUUUUAUUUUGCCAGAUUGUUCAUUCAUGUAUUAUCAUGGUUCUCAUUUCCUGAGCACAUUUAUUUCUCAUGUACUAAACCUUGGAUCAGAUUUGAUUUUCUUUUAAGUAAAUCUAUUAUUGUCUAA